AUAUAUUUCCCAGACAACUAUUCGCACAAACUAAAACCCAAGGACCUAAAAAAGGAAAAAGAAAUAUUCAUGGGCUCCUUAGCCAACCUCUCAAUGCUCUUCCUCAUCUUUCUCACCCACUUUUUUUUCACUUCCAAUGCAGCCACCUUCACAAUCCGUAACGAAUGCUCUUACCCCGUCGGGGCGGCCGCCAGCCCAGGUGGGGGCCGCCGCCUUGACAGUGGCCAAACCUGGACUCUCAACGUCCCCGCAGGCACAUCCAUGGCCCGCAUAUGGGGCCGAACCAACUGCAACUUUGACGCUGCAGGCCGCGGCCGCUGCCAGACCGGGGACUGCGGCCUCCUGCAGUGCCAAGGCUGGGGAACCCCUCCAAACACCUUGGCGGAAUACGCCCUCAACCAGUACAACAACCUCGAUUUCUAUGACAUCUCCCUAGUUGAUGGAUUCAACAUUCCUAUGGACUUUAGCCCUACUAGUGGCGGGUGCAAGUCGAUUCGGUGCACCGCAGACAUCAACGGUCAGUGUCCUAAUGAACUGAGGACCCCAGGUGGAUGUCAAAACCCCUGCACGGUUUUCAAGACCAAUGAAUAUUGUUGCACAAAUGGAUAUGGUACCUGUGGGCCCACCACUUUCUCGAAGUUCUUCAAGCAAAGGUGUCCUGAUGCUUACAGUUAUCCGCAAGAUGAUCCUACAAGCACGUUCACUUGCCCUGGUGGGACUAAUUACAGGGUUGUGUUUUGCCCUAGGGGGUCAUUGACAUCUCCUAAUUAUUUUCCUUUAACGGAAAUGGUGUGAGGGAGUAAGUAGAAAUAUUAAACGGAGAGAUCCUUGGAUGGGUUUCUCUCGAGUAUAUAUGAGACCUGAUCAUAUAUAUUAAUCCUUUCUUUGCUAUGUUUGUAGUUAUAUAUAUAUAUAUAUAUGCGUACCAUACAAUAUUACGUACCUCAUAUACUACUCUCGGGUGUACCGUUGAGUAUGGUACGUACCUGCUGUUGUACACAUAUAUAUAGACAUUACAUACAUGCAUGAAAUGUCUUGAAUAAAGUGUACGUGUGUUAAAUAUAUCACAUUAUGUAUGUUAUUGUGUA